AUGUCCAAUAAUCUAACGGCUCCAUCUUUAUCUUUAAAGGGUUGGUAUUAUUUAUAUCAUUACGAUAAAGAAAUGGUUGAAGAAGAAUGGUAUGAAACUACUAGAAUGGUUGCGAAACAUACCGAAAAAGAAAAUAUAGAAAAAGUUUAUUCGCACACUAAUCCUUUUAUAAGAAAUUUUAUCAGACGAUCUAUUAAAGGAAGAAGAGUUUCGGCAAAUAGAAAAUCAUUUGAAACGAACAAAAUGGACAAAAUUUGUAACGUAUUAAAGGAAUAUACAGAACUUGAAAGUAAUAACAUAAUUGAUUUAUUUAAAGAAUACAGCGCAAGCACAAAAGACAAAACGGAGGUUCAUUCGAGACUUAAAAAAAUAAACUGUACUAAACUAAUGGCAUUUGAUGCUAACGGUUUAUACGCUUCAGCAAUGUCGGAUUUAGACAGUGAAUAUCCGAGAGCAGAAAGUGGAAGACCGUUUCUACCAGAAGAAGAAAAAGAAUUUGUAAAACUCUUCAAUAAACAAAAAUUUAGACCUAGAACAGCUAUUUUAACAGUGUGGUUUGAGUAUCCCAAAAAAAUGUUUUUAUUAUACUUAAAUUAUUAUAAUUGUUAUACUUAUAUUAUUAUAAUGAUUAUACUUAUAUUAUUAUAA